AUGUUGGACAUAGCAAAGGAAAACCAGUCAAGUAUCAGAGAAUUUAUUCUUCUGGGUUUUGGGAAUCUCCCUCAGAUGCAACCUUUCCUAUUCUGGUUCUUCUUGGUGAUUUAUCUGAUGACAAUAACUGGAAACCUCCUCAUCUUUCUGCUAGUUGUGACUGAUCGAUAUCUUCACACCCCAAUGUAUUUUUUCCUGGCAAAUUUAUCUUGCUUGGACACUUGCUAUAGCUUCAACUUCUUGCCCAAAAUGUUGGCCAACUUGCUGACCAGUGAGAGAACUAUUAGUGUGAGUGGAUGCCUAGCCCAAUAUCAUUUCUCCUGCACUUGUGCAUCGAUCGAAACAUACCUUUUGGCUGCCAUGUCUUAUGACCGCUAUUUGGCAAUUUGUAGACCUUUACUGUAUGCUUCUAUUAUGAACAGCAGAUUUUGUUUCCAGCUUAUGGCUGCAAUAGGCAUAAACAGUUUGGUAUUUAAUGUCAUUCUUGUCGCUGUUGUCGCUCAGUUAGUCUUUUGUGGGCCUAAUGUCAUAGAUAAUUUCUUUUGUGAUUUAUAUCCACUGAUGAAACUGUCUUGUAGUGACACAAGUCUCUUUGAACGUUUUACUUUUUGCAUGACCAUCAUUUUCACAAUUCCUCCGUUCCUGUUGACCUUCACUUCUUACAUUUGCAUCAUCAUCACCAUCAUAAACGUCAAAUCCACCACAGGAAGGCGUAAAGCCUUUUCAACCUGCUCAUCUCAUCUCAUGGUAGUUUGUCUCUUUUAUGGCACAUUAUUCAUUGUGUAUGCAUUGCCAGACAGCCCUUCCCUAGGUUACCUCAAUAAAAUUUUCUCCAUUUUCUAUACAGUCAUGACUCCUUUAGUUAACCCCCUUAUCUAUACUUUGAGAAACAAAGAAGUUCACAAAGCCCUGAGACGACAUUUUGAUAAAAUGAUAUUUUUUUUGUCAUUUGUCACUUGA